GAUGGUUCGGGGAUAGACUAGUUUACCCUUUGAAAGGGGUGGCGGGAUAUUGAAGUGCAGUAUUCCCAGUCAGCUCAGAGAAGUGGGUGGGAAGUGCAUCAAAAGAAGAGUUGAGAGGAUUAUUGGAAACCUAAACUCAAUUAUAUUUUGCGUUAGAUAUAGAAAAUGAAGUGUGCUGUAUUAUUAGGUGUUUUAUGCACUUGUAUGGACUAUGCGAUUAACUCUGAAAACGUUAUAUUUUUCUGCGGUGGUGCGUAUGUACUUUAAAUGACCCAAGUGGUGUGAGGGCAAAUUAACUGAGCUGGAGUGGUUUCGAUACGUGCUUGUAAAAUGACAAUAAUGUUUUAUUCGGGUACUGUGCAUUUACUGGAGUAUUUCGAUGCUUUCCUUUACCAUUUUUUAUAUAGGAUACUUCCACUUUAAAGUUGCUCCGGUAGUCGUUGUAGAAACAAAAACAAUGAACGCGCACAUGAAGAAAACACUAAGCCCUGAAGAAAAAGAAAAGAUAAAAGAAAGACUGACUUUACUAAAGCAAGAAUACAACACCGCUGUUAAGAAGUUACAGCGGGCACAACGAGCACAGAAAGUGAAAAAUCAUAUUAAGGAAACUAUUGCAGAACAGAACCGCAAAAUUGAAGAAGAACUUGUUCUAAUUAAAUCAGGUACUUCAAAUGAAAGCUCCCCUGAUACAAAGAAUAUAGCUUUGUGUGAUGGUCUGGAUGCCAGUUUUCCACAUGCUCAUCAAGAUAAAAAAAUGACAGUUACUUUUAAUCUUGAACCAGAGGUUAUUAAUCUGAAUAGCAGCCCUCAGGAUAUUUUAUCCAGUGAUGUAAUGCAUGAGGACCCUGGAAACAUUUCUUUAGUACUAGUUGAGCAACGAUGUGGAACAGAAGUGCAAAUGUAUGUUAAAAAUAGAAUGAAAUUGAAAUCCAGUAGACGUAAACUAAAAGAGAAGGAAAGCAAACCUUUACUGAAUAAUUCACCAGUAUUUGACAGCAUCUGUAGUAAAAUUUCAGGAAAAGAAACAGACUGCAAUAACAGAUGUAGGGGUUCUCCGUUUUUUGAAAAGAGCGACAAUAAAAAUGCACAAGACUGUGCUAAAUUAACAGCAGUGAGUUUUGGAGACAACACAAUAGGUAUUAGCUCUGUUGGAAGCCUGGAGGAUGCCUUUUUAGAGGACAACGGAUGCAAGACUGUGGUUCAGGCAGCUGCAGAGCCUGAAUUAGGCUGCUUUUUCAGAAGUCCUCUAUUUGAAAUCAAACCUACUCCAAAUGUCUUGAAUAUUAAUAACCACUAUUCUUCAGAUACUGAUAUGUGCAAAAAUGAAGCUGUUGAAUGUUGUCACCAGCAAACUGAAGACAAGCUAGUACUUAAUAAGACCAGAGGCAGUAAAUGCGUGGCAAAACAUUCCAGAAGUGCGUUCCCCGCUUCUGCACCUCUGGUUUCUUUUGGAGAUCCCACAGAUAAGAUGGUCAGCAGCAGAGAUGAUCUUAUUAAACAUCAUGAUGAAAACCUCUCAGGUGGUGCUGAGGUGGCAAGUUCUUCAUGCCCUGACACUCAGGGAGACACUAGUAAGCAUCAGCACUUGGCAGAUAUGACGAAUCAGCCUGAAGUUGGUUCUAAUACAUUAGAAAAAUCAUCCACUGCUUUAGUAGAAAACCCAUUAAGCUCUUGUACAUUGGUUGAAGGGCUUCUAUUUCCAGUUGAGUAUUACAUCAGGACAACACGGCGCAUGUCUGCAUGUCAGAGACAGGUAGACUUGGAAGCUGUAAUUUGCAGUCAGUUGGGUAAAUCUAAAAAAACAGGAAAAAGAAAAACUAGAUCUUCUCUUUCUGCAGAAAGUAAGGCUGAUCUAGACACAUCUAGAAGGGAAGAAUCCAACUUCAGUCAGACGUUGCCUAUCAUGGUAAAUGAACAGUUUAAUUCUGCAGACCCUAUCCUACCAGAUAGUUCUGUGCCCUGUCUACAGAUAAAUGAAAACCAGCAUGUAGUCUGUAUCACUGCAUCUAAUAUGCCAAAUAUGAAAAUAGAGGAGGGAAAAGAAACAAAAACGGGAAGGAGGAGGUGCAGCGCAAAGGCCAGAAGGUUGAGUAAAGCUAGUACGAGUCAUCUGCAGAAUUCUGUAAAUCAAAUAGAUAAUAAAGGAAAGAAAGAUGGUGUAGAUGUACAUUGUUAUCCAAGUGACUCUCAGAGUGAAAAAGAGAACUGUUUAGAAGAGGAGAAUGCUCAAUCAGCACUUGGUCGAAAAAGGUCUUCAUCUUCUCCAUUAGACAAUGCACUACAAGUGAGUAAUGCUGAAAGUGACUAUGGGACAAGUACUUGUACCGUCAGUGCACACAAGAAUGGCACACAGGCACUUAGAGGACAAUGCCUUAUUCCGGAGCACAUCCAAAAUUCCAUUAAUGGAGCCACUGAUAAAACAUUAAGGACAUCCCGGGAUGUGCUAGAAAGCUGGGCACUUGAUUCUGAAGUAGAUGCCACCCAAACUGUAUGUCAGACACCUGUUAAUUUAGUGACUUCACCUGUUCUCCAGAGCCAGCAGUCUGAUUCCAGAGGCAUGCCACUAUUUUGUUUCUCAGAAGUUGAUGCUGUGGUCUCACCUAUGAAUCUUCAUCCAAAAAAAACACCUAAAGGACUGAAGAACAGUGCUCUAAAGAAGGCAUGUUUUCAGACUACAAAAAACGUCCAUUCAGAAUCAGAUACAGAGAACUUCUGUUCUGAACCCAUCUUUGAUGAGCAUAAGUUCAGAUUUGGCAUUGAAAACGCUUCUUAUUUGAACACUAUUGACUUUGACUUACCUGAUGAUGUAUUUGGGCAACUUAAACUUGAAAAAAUAAAAUCUCAUUCACUGAGACAUUUCAAGUCUGUUAGCUCCAGUUCUCAGUGUAAACAAACAGUUAAUGAAACCAACAGUAGGCCACACACUAGAACAGAAUUGUUUACACAAAACAGUCCCAGUAAGCAAGUGAAUAAAUGUAGCCAGAAAUCAGAAUCUGACUCUGUAAAUACAAAUCUUUCGAAUACUGUCGAGAAGCAUUUGAGUGAAACAGAUUUAUCUCACUGCAAAGAAGUUUCUUCAGGUGUACUUUCCACACCAACAUCUACAUUUCCAGUGGGGAGGAAUAGCCUGCACGAUUCACUUAAUACCAGCCCUGUGUUUCCGUCACUUGGUUUUACUCCAAACCAUGGAAUUUCCAUCUCUCAGCAGAGCUUUGUAGUUUUAUCUGAUAGUAUCCAUGAAUGUCCAUCUCAGUCCAAAUCUUCUAGUCCGCAAAUACAGAAAGGAAGCAGUACCACAAAGAUCAACACUUGCAGCACUCAUGGCAUAAACUGUUCUGAUCACAAGCCUACUUGGGUUGAAGGAGAGGAAGAAAAAUGUCUGAGUGUCAUAAAAGACGAAUGGUUAGUUCGAGAAUCCUUUACUGGUUGCAGAGUUUCUGGUGGCAAGAAUCUUUCUGUUAGUGGUUAUGAAAAAGAACCAAGCCAGGAGGAUGUAUCAUCACACCUGAAGAAAUGUGUGUCCAGUCCUACUUCGACCGCAACAUUGACAAGUGAAAACACUGGAUUGCAGUUAAUCUCCGAGUUUAAGGUUGACUCAAGUUCUUUUGUGCUGGAUUUGAAUACAGUGUGGUGGAAAGUUGAUGGAACUGAACAGCUUUGCAUUGUCACAGCAUCCAUUUCAACUGUUUCACUUUGGAAACCCCAAGUGAUGGAUCAGUGGCUUGAAAUACACACUUGGCAUUUUACAGAGGUUCCUAUUGUGCAGAUAGUCUCAAUGCCUGAUACUACAGGUCUCAUAUCUGUGGCGCUUGGGCAACUGAAAAUUGAAGAGAUUAGAGCAUUGGUUUAUACUUCUGAAGAUGUGAGCUUGGAACAACUACUGAUUGUAUCUGGUGAUAUAUCAGCUGUCCUUGGGCUGUCAGAAGCAAGGCUGGUUAUCUGUAGAGGCACACGUGACAUUCAUGAAGUAGAAUUGAUUUUCAUUUCAACUAAGGGAAGAGUUGAAGGGAAGAAGUCUCUGAAACCACCAGAUGAGGCCAUAUUAGCUUUUUCUGAAGUCAAUGGUGAGAAAAAUGCCUUAAUCGGUACAACUACACUGAGCAGUAUUGUAAUCUGGAACACAGAAACUGGACAGCUGUUGCAAACCAUUAACAUUGGGAAGUCUUGCCCAUCUUCCAUCUGCAGGGGAGCAUGCUCAGAUUCUGGCAUGUUGUUCAUCUUGGUGAGUUUACAUUGCAUGGAUGAUGAUGCAUCUUCUGGUCAUUCUGUAUUCAGACUGUUUGCAGCCAAUCCUAAAACAGCAUGCAGCAUUCCUGUGAUGUCAUACACACUUCCUGCUGGAAACAUUGGAAGGUAUGUAGCUGGAGAUGUAAAAAGUAGCUGUGCAGUGGCUUUACUGACUUCUGGAGCAAUCGCAAUCUGGAAUUUAUCUAUUGAGGACUGCACAGUUUGGCUUCCACCUUCCUAUGAGAAAGACUGGUCACUGGUUAAGUGGGCAAAUACAAAACUUCAUCUGUUAGCCGGGCAAAAGGAUGGUAAAAUGUUUUUGUACAAGUACCUGGAAUCCAGCAGAAAAGAAAUCUAAUUGUAUUUCCAAAGGCUAGUCUCACAACUGACAGUUCUGUUGUCAUUUUAAGUAAAAUGUGGUUUUGAACAAAGAAAUGUUAAAGGAAUGUGUUUCUAGUAUAGUUUGUUGCAAGACAUAUAUAAAUAUAUUCUGUUAUUACUUCAUUCUUGGAAUUUGUUUUAUCAGUUUUGAUGCUGUACUUAUCUGACAUCCUAAUAGCAUUGUUUAAAAAAAAACACAGCACUAUACUAUGUUUUGUAAAUAUUUGUUUAAAUGUACAUUGAGUGUUUUGUAAUGGAGACUGUUCUGUAUAAACGAAAAAAGUGCUACUUUAUAUGCUGCUACAAGAGUUUUAAUUCUUAUUGUAUAUAUGCUCUUUACAUUGUUGUAAAGAUGAUGUACUUUACUUUUAAGUACAUGCUAUGUAUAUUUGUGUUAAAUGUGACUUGUAUAUUGUGAUAAACCUGAUCAUACUGUUUAUAGUUGAACAAAAAAAGAACCAAAACAAUGUCCCAAAUUUCCAACUUUGUUUAAAUUAUACAUUUUAAAGAGCUACUGAGAGAUUAAAAAAGUUAUU